GAGCCGCCCGAAAACAAACACGGAGGAGGAGGAGGGGAAACGCCGGCCAUCCGCGCGCUGCACAACAAAGACAACAGCAGCACCGAGUAACUCGGCCGGAGGAUGCGUGCAGAAAAGAGGUAAAAUACGGAGCAAGACCGCGCCAAUCGGCACACGGUGUACAUCAAACGCAAGAGGGUAGACACAGGAAUCCGUACGUGUGCUUAAAAUGGCAAAGUGUGACAUUUAAGCCACGCGGAACUCCGUCAAUGACAACCGAAAUUUUAGGCGCGCACUUUGGAUCAAGGGAAACGCAAGACAAGAUGGCGCGCGCGUUUCUGCGCGAGCCGCCGCACAGUAUCGCUUAUUUAUUCCGUGCAUUAAUGCACAGACGCGAGGUUUUUUGUAAACCUUCGCAUGCCCGGGAUAUUCCGCCACACGUCUGUCGCUGCAAUGUCCUUUUUAAAUCGCUAAAUCCCUUACCUUUGAGAGAUUUUCUAGGAGUCCUGUAAAGGCUUUGCUCUAUUCGAUCCGGACCCGCCUCCGCCUCUCCCUCCCCACCGACUCCGCCAUCUUGUAUCGGCCACUCGGACCUGGGUAGUGCGCAUGCGCGAGUUCAGUCGUCUCGCAGUCCGCCACAUGUCAGCAGUGCGGAGCCAUUUGCAGAAGGGCAGCGGAGGAGCUCUGCGCGAAAUUCAUUUGAUUUCAUGUAUUUGUGAAGAACAAAUGUUGUUUUUGAUGUUAGGUAUUGAUUCUAGGUAGUUUCCGGAUACUUAAGGAAACAUGUUGUGUUUUAUGAGUUAACUCAGACCAAGGGAAUGUCCUUUACGACAGCAAUUACAAACUGCCAAGAUGCAAGUCAAAAUGCACCACCUAUCAGUGGUUAAAAAAAGGUUGGUCCUUCCAAGAACUCAUGGAACAGAUUAAAGGGUCAGUUCCAUGAUUAAAGGACAGUUAAAAGGAAAAUUGUCACUAUUUUUUGAAAAAGUAAAGGGUAAACAUGACAACCGGAUAUUAUCCAGAUAGACGUAGAUAAAUAAAUAAAGAGAGGUCGAAAGUCGUACAGCAGCUGUACAAGCAAAUAGCUCCAGUAGCUGUAGGAAACCAGGGUAACUAUCUGUAAGUUUACAUGCAACAUUUUUUUAAAGACAAAAAUUAAUUCAUUGUGAUUUAACCACAAAAAAAAUAUUAGGCCAUCCACACUUAAUGCUCUCUUGAAAAUUCCAUUUUAAGUAAAUGUUAAUGCACCCCAUGUGGGUUUUUUAAAAAUUACUGUCAUUAUUGCAACCACAAAGUCAUACGACAUCAGGCAAGCGUGGGACCACCCUUUUCCCUGAACCACCCCAUAUAAACUGUCCUGGCAUGAAAGGGUCAACAGAAGGAGGAAAGAUUCGGAAGGAGAGAAUCGGGAUUAGAAAGCACUUGACAAGCUGCUGAGGAAUUCUUGAGUGAAGAGGAAUACAAAAAGCUUCUUUAUCCAGAAGGCCAUACACCUUUCCUACCUUCCUGUCCAAUAAAGCAACAUGGGGCUUUGGGGAAUAGCUGUCCUCAUCUUUCUCCUUCCACACAUGGCACAGAUGACAGAAAUUUCUCCUGGUUUCAAAAUCCGCAUCACAUCCAGAGGACUGGAGCUGUUAAAAUAUGAGACCCAGAAGUUCGUGGAGGAAGAGCUGGGAGGGAUCACCAUGCCAGAGAUGCAUGGCAAACGAGGAAAUCUCCAAUAUUCCCUUACAGAUAUUAAGGUGAAAGAGCUGAAUCUGACUGCAGAUAUGAGUUUCCAGCCUGUAGACGGACUGCAGUUUGAUGUGCAGAACUCAUCUAUCACCCUCAACUUCCAGAGACGUGUGAUCUACUGGUUGUUUCAGGAUGAUGGUGCCAUUAAUGCCUCUGCAGAUGGCGUAUACAUCAACACCACCCUCCAUCUUGCCAAGGAUGAUGAGGGCCGUCUGAAGAUCGCCAACGUCAGCUGUGACGCUUCUAUCGCCAAGAUGAAGGCCAAGUUUGGAGGGACUUUUGGGAGGGUUUACGACUUCGUUGCCACUUUUCUGACCACAGGAAUGCGCUUCAUAUUAAAUCGGCAGAUUUGCCCUGCUCUGAAUCAUGCUGGUCUAGUGUUGAUCAACCAAUUUUUGGAGACGAUUCCAGUGCGUGCAGAUGUGGAUAGUUACAUUGGCAUUGAUUACUCACUCUUGAUUGACCCAGUGGUUACUGGCAGCAGUCUUGAUAUGGAUUUCAGAGGGAUGUUCUAUGAAUUGAAGAACGAGAAUGACACUCUGGAGAAUUAUUCUGCAAAUCCAGUGUUGAAUGAGUACAGCCGCAUGAUAUAUAUGGCUCUCUCAGAGUACUUCUUUGACAGUGGACUCCACUCCUAUUUCAAAGGAGGGGUGUUUCGGAUGCACGUAGCAAAUGAGCGAAUGCCAAAAGACUUGGAGAUGCUUCUCAGGACCUCCUACUUUGGAGCAAUCAUGCUUAUGAACCCUGCUCUGAUGGAUGCCCCGCUGUCGCUUGAGAUGGAGGUAACAUCAGCUCCUAAGUCUACCAUCACAACAACGGGGGCUAUGGUAGCCGUACAUGCUGGUGUCAGGGUGCUGAUCCUACCUCCAGGAAAGUCACCUGUUCAGCUCAGCAGUAUGACCAUGGAGUCCAAACUCAAUGCCAAAGUGUACAUGAAGGAAAAGAGACUGGCUAUACAGCUGGACCUGAGAAGGUUUAAAAUCUUUUCUAACCAGUCUGCUUUGGAGUCAUUAGCGCUGAUUCCUCUGCAAGCACCACUGAAGGCUCUGCUCCAAAUGACCAUUGUGCCACUUUUAAACAAUUACACUAAGAGAGGUGUACAGAUCCCUCUGCCAGAUGGAAUCGACCUGGUAGAAGACGUGGUAGAAUAUCACAAUGGCUACAUCACUAUUGGAGCGAAUCUCCAUUUCCGCAGUGGUCUGAAGCAGCUGAUUGAGAACACGUCAUCUUAAAAGCCUGACAAAUAUUUAACUUUUUAUCUGCUCGCAUUUUGUGAAUUUACUUUCACUUCAUGUCAUAGUCAACACCCAAAUAUUUUACAGUCUGCACUAAACGUUAACAUAGAUCAUCUUAACAGAUCUUGUGUUCUUGGUUGUAGCUACAUUUAACAUGCAUGUUGUUUUGUAAGUAUUAACUACUGGAUCGCUAAGAAACCUGCAUCUACUUCACCCUAGUUUAAAUAACAGUAUUACAAUAACAAGAGGUUAGUAACCAAAAAUGGACUUGUUUGGAGCCACUGGUGCUAGAAAAGCAGGUUUAAGUAUUUUGCCCAAAAACAUAUGCAAGUGUUGCUUGAUCAUUUUAGCAUUUUAUUAAAAACAAAUGAAUGGGCAAAAACCAUUUCAUGUUCACACUUACCAAAUCUGGAUGAUAAUACUACUAGUCCCUGUCCUAUAAGACGUGCACUAUCUAGUGCACUUCUUACAGUUGUCCCACAGAAAAGACUCCACUACCCUACCCAAGAACCAAUCAACUGUUUACUGAAAUUAAAUAUAACUUUUUCCUGACUACUGGAGCCUGAAUGUUAAACAGAAAGAUAUUAAAAUCAUUAAAAAAAA